GCACGGCCCAGGAGGUGACAGCGAUGGCGUCAGCGCUGCUGGUGACGCUGGUGGCCAUGGUGGCCACACUGGGCUGGGGGGUGGAGGCCCAGUGCCCCACGGCGGCGGAGCUGCGCCCCGUCAACGGCACGCGGCUGUGCGCCCUGCUCUACGCCGACAACAGCCCCUACUACGACCAGUGCUGCGCCGGGGACGUGCUGGAGGUGCUGCCGGGCAGCGACAUGCCCUACAUGCCCCGCGGGUGGUCCGCCCGCGUCUCCUCCCUCGUGGUGGGCACCAGGUGCGAGCUCACCGUGUGGUCGCGCCGGGCCAAGGACGGCAACUCGCGGCACUUCAGCGCCGGUGCGGUGCCGCGGCUGCAGGAGGUGCGCCGGGGGCUCUUCGGGGACUGGAACAACGCCAUCCGGGCGCUCUACUGCACCUGCAAGUGAGCGGCAGCGCGGGGCAGGGCGGCGGCGGGACAGGGGGGUGAGAGCAGGCAGCGGGAGGCGCCAUGAGGCAACGCGGGUCAACGCGAGCCGGCGUGGGUCAACACGAGCCGGCGUGCGUCAACGUGAGCCGGUGUGGGUCAACCUGAGCCAGUGUGGGUCAACGUGAGCCGGUGUGGGUCAACGUGAGCCGGUGUGGGUCAACGUGAGCCGGUGUGGGUCAACCUGAGCCAGUGUGGGUCAACGUGAGCCGGUGUGGGUCAACGUGAGCUGGCGUGGGUCAACCUGAGCCAGUGUGGGUCAACAUGAGCCGGUGUGGAUCAACGUGAGCUGGCGUGGGUCGACCUGACUCAACGUGGGCCAAACUGUCGCCAAGUUGGCCAAGAGGUGCCAAUGUGAACCAAGAUGAGCCUCCACAAGCCAACGCUGGCCAAGGCAAGUCAACGCGAGUCAGCGUUGGCCAAGAUUCACCAUCAGGGGCCGACCCAGGCCAAGCCAAGCCAAGCUUGGCCAACGCGAGUUGCCCCUGGCCGAGCCACUGCGAGACCAUGCGUGUGCUGUGGGCCGACACAGCCGCACCCCCCCCGCCCCCUGUGCAGCCAAUAAAGCCCUGAGGCAGCAGCA